AUGUCUACGUUAUCCGCUGUUAGAGUGGCAGCAAAGGCUGAGCCAGCCCAACAGGCAAUGAUAAUCUUCCAUGGAUUAGGCGAUAGUGGGUCAGGUUGGUCGUUCUUAGCAGAAUACAUUCAGAGAGAUCUGGCUUUUUCUAAGACCCGCUUUAUCUUUCCAAAUGCUCCAACUCUGAGCAUUGUAGCCAACGGCAACUAUCCAAUGCCCGCAUGGUUCAACAUUUACUCAUGGGGAGAGGAUAGGUCCAGAGUUGAUAAUGCAGGAUUAAUGGAUUCUUUGAAAACAGUAGAGCGUUUCGUUACCGAACAGGUCACAUCUGGGAUUAGACCUGAAAACAUUAUUGUUGGAGGAUUUUCACAAGGGGCAGCCUUGGCCUUGGCGUCUGCUGUAACAUUGCCAAUUAAAAUAGGAGGUUUUGUAGCAUUCUCGGGAUUUGGUGGUUUUGAAGAUGCACUGGAAUUGCAAAAGAAGAACAUGAAUCUAGACUCUCCAAUCUUUCAUGGCCAUGGAGAUAUUGAUCCAAUUGUAUCGUUUUCAAAGGGCAAAGAUGUCUAUAAACAACUAACGCAAAGGUUCAAGUUUUCUAACUUUACAUUCAAUUCAUAUCCAGGAUUAGAGCACGGCACGUCACCUGAAGAACUUGGAGAUGCCAUUGAGUUUGUCAAGAAUAUCUAUCUAAGUCAAUAA